GUCACCAGUUUAGGGUUUCGACCUGUCAGACAGCAUUCACCCAAUCAAUCUUCCCGCCAUGGCUGCGCGUCGCGCCAUUCGAUGCAACUGACAGUCGUUUCGACAGCAUAUAGCCACUGUUAUCGUCUCUCGUCAUUUAUUAUCGCGUAUCGUAGCCAACUCGAAAGCCCUUAAGCCUAAAAAUCGUUAGUAUCCUCAGGCUGGCCUCCGCAUUUUUUUAAUGCCCUUUCAUGACGCCAUUGUCGCAACACUUCGCGCUUUAACGCGAGCCGACCCGAGGUAACCUCGUCUCGCUUGCUCUAUUCCAGCCUGUGCAUGUUAGGAUUCGUAGCCGAAUCCAUGGAUCGUCAAUACGACUACUUGCAAGACCAGGAGGGUUUCGCAGCAGGCUGGCCUGCGACCGACCAAGUGCCAGGUCAGCAACAGCCACAUUCGUCGCUGCCAGGUCAGCAGAAAUUGCAGCCCGGCGAUCAAGGGUUUCUAGACGCCAGUAACGAUCGGCCAGCUAGCCAGGAGGGUCACGGUAUCUCAGGACGACCAGCGGGGAUGCUUUCCGCGGAAUUGGCGGACGAAGGCAAAGCUGGGGGAGGCGGGGGUGACGGAUUCGGCGCUGGCGGUUCCGCCGGCGGGGCAGGCGCGGGGGGAUUCGCGGGGAAAGGCGUUGCUGGGGGAGCGUCCGCGGGGGGAGGUUCCGCGUCCCGGGGGGAAUCGUCUCUCGCGCGCAUUCUGUCGCUGGACGAGCUGUCGACCGGAGACUCACGGUUCGGGAGAUACGCGGAGCUGGACGCUGCUGUGGGGAAGGCGCGUGAGGGACCUGGGGGGGGACUUGCGGGGGGACUUGCGGGGGGAGCUGGGGAAGGGGGAGGUGACCUGACGGCAGCUGGGGGAGGCUUGCCUGUUGUGACUGUAACGGGGGAGGAGCGGAAGAAGAUGGUGGCGGCGCUGAGGGACGGCCGGGAUCGUGCAAGGGAUCGGUCGCGCCAUCUUCAGGACGCCCUAUCACGACUCGACACGUGGCUCAACGGCGUCAGCAUGAGGCGGCGCGCAGCUAGAGGCGACGCAGCGAAUGCUGCUGGUGGGCCUAGCGGUGCCAGCGGUGCCAGUGGGGCUGCUGGGACACCAGGAGACAACAGCAGAAGCAGUGGGAGUGCUGGUGAUGGCGGCACCGGUCCAAGCCACGAGAACGCCUCGGAACAAAAGGGAGGAAACUCUGGUCCCUCAGCAGGAGCAGAAGCAGCAGCAGGAGCAGGAGCAGGAGCAGGAGCAGGAGCAGGAGCAGGAGCAGGAGCAGGAGCAGGAGCAGGCGCAGGAGCAGGCGCAGGAGCAGGAGCAGGAGCAGGAGCAGGAGCAGGAGCAGGCGGCAGCGAGGGGCAGCAGCAGCAGAAGAAGAUGAAGGGCCGACGCUCCCGCCCCAAGGCGGAUGCCACAGGCGCUGUUUCUGCUGCAGGGGGGAGUCUCAACGGCGUGGUAACAGAUUCAGUUGCUGGUGCUGCUGGUGCUGGUGCAGGUGCAUCUGGUGCAGGUGCAUCUGGUGCGGGUGCCGCUGCUGCAGCAGUAGGGGGGGGGGGGCUCAAGCGGUCUCUCUCCAGCUCGUCGCACAAGCUCGGAGGUUCGGCAGCAGGUUCAGGCUCAGGUUCGGUGUUCCGAGCCGGGCCUGUGCAUGGGGUGACGUCUGGAAGCAGGGCAGGUGCAGGGGGGGUUGGUGGAAAGGGAGGAGGAGGAGGAUCGGGUAGUGACAACGGGCCAAAGGUACAUGGGGGCAAGGGGAUAGGGUUGCACCAAACAAGGGAUGCUACGGAUAGGAAAGGGGGGUCUGCUGCGAGAGCAGCUUCCCCGGCUCACUCGGUGCAGUCGGAAAGAGAAGGGGGCGCGGAUGGGGCUGGAACCUGGGAUCAUCAUCAUCAUCAGCAGCAGCAGCAGCAGCAGCACCAUCAGCAGGGGAAUCAGUCAGGGCUGCCCCCAACCAGCAGGGGGAGGAAGCCAGGAAAGCUGCAAAAGACAGGAGGGGGAGGGGGAGGAGCUGGGGGGCUGGUGGGUGUAGCCAAUAACGUGAAGCAGAUUCGCACGUCUCGCCUGGGAUUGGAGAAAGGAGAGAGGGGCGGCAGGGUAGACAGGCGCAAUGCAGCCAACAGGGUGCAGAGGCGCAUGCACGCAGACAGCCCCAUGGAGGAGUCUGGUGAUUCGGACGAUGAUGCGGAGGAGCUGUCAAACGCAAUCCAAGCAGCCAUGAAUUCCGCAGCUGCAGCAGCCUCAAGUCCCUUCUGGAAGUCAGUAGAGCCCUUCUUCCACUUCCCCGCUCCAGAGGACAUUGCGAGACUAAGACAAAUGUCUGGAGCCACAGAGGGAGCAGACGACAAGGCACAUCCAAGUGGAGACAGAAAAACAGACCCGGGCACAAGCAACCCAGCUGCUGCUGCUGCUGCUGCUGCUGCUGUUAACAGUAACUGUAACAGAAACGGUAAUGGUAACGGGCUGGGUCUGUUAAUGGGCAGCUCGGAAUCUCGGCCCCCAGGCUCCCUCCUCAAUCUCCCCUGCCUCAUGUCUGUAACGCCUGCUGGUAACCGCUCGCCGGCAGGGGGUUUAGGAGGGGUGGCAGGAGGAGGUCUAGGGUUUGGUGCACUGGGUGGGGAUGACUUUACCAACCCUGGAGCAGGCUUGGGAGGAGGUUUGGGAGGAGGUUUGGAGGGAGGUUUGGAAGGUGGUUCGGGAGGGAGUGGAAGGGAGUGGGGUGGAGCGGUUGGGGAGUCGAUGGUCCAUCGCCUGCUGUCAGCACUGAUUGAUAGCCCGAGACAGGGAGGGGGCAAGCAGGGUGACAAUGAAGGGGAGGAGGAUGAGGAAGAGGAAGAGGAGGAAGAGGAAGAGGAGAAUGGGGAUGGGAAUGGGGAUGGGGGGAAGGGAGCUGAGAAGGGAGCGAGGGGGGACGCGAAGGACGAGGAGGAAGAGGAGAAGGAGGUGUUUGCGAUGGGUGUUCUUGGGAAUGGGAAGGUGACAGACGGAGUGCCUGGUAGGGGGAAGAAGAAAGGGGGGCUGCUGGAAGGAAACGCAGGAGGCAUGGAAGGGGAUGGCGGAGGGGGUGGAGGAGGAGAGGUGCAGUGGGUGCUAGCACCAGAAGAGGAGGUGUUAUCUGGGGCGGCUCUAUCUGGGAACCUGAUUCGCGGCCCCCCGUUACUGCCACAAUCAUGGGGGCAUCCUGGGCAGUUUAAUAUUGAUCAAAUCAAUAGCAGGCAGCCCAACAGCUGGCAAGGAAACGGUGGGCAGCCAUGGGGGCACAUGGACGGGGGGAGGGGGGCAGGAGGAGGGGGGAUGGGAGGGGGAGUGGGAGGAGGGAGAGGGGGAGAGAGGGGGGUUGGGGGAGCAGCGCUGAGUGUGGAGGAGUGGAGGGGGAUGGGUCUGGAGGCGCGAGUGCGGUUGGAGCUCGCUAAUGUGGGACUGCUGAGAGUGCACGGGCUGCACCAGUCAGAGCGCCAGGAUGAUGAGAUCAGCUCGCACCUCCGCACGUCACAGAGACGGUUGCAAGUCAAGUCGCAGCACAACCAGCACAAGGCAGCGUACUUGGAAGAGGUGGUGGCGUCAAGACGACUCGAGGAGGAAAGGAGCUGUGAGAAGCUCGUGGUGGAUCGCCUGCUCGAAAUGGCGUACGCCAGACGAACGGGUCUCAAGAUCACGGGUGCUACAGGCACCAUCACUAAAGGCGCGGGCUCCUCUCUCAAGCUCGCCCGCCAGUCCGCCGUGCACUUUGUGCGCCGGGCCUUGCAACGAGCCGAGGAGUGGCAGGCAGGCACGCUCCUCCCGCACCUGCAGCGAGUGCACCCAGACCUGCAGCCCUCGCCGAGCCUGCUUGCCGAGCCUAGCCCACUGCCGUGGACCCCCGGACCUGGUGGUGUGGGCACACCAGGGAUGGGGGGGGUGGGGGGGGUAUCAACCCCUGGGGGGAUACCGGGUACCCCUGCUGCUGCUGCGGCUGCUGCUGGAACUGGUGGUGGUGCUCCUGCGGGCGGCGCGGAUGGUUCCGGGGCAGGUGCAUCUGGUGCAGGUGCUACCUCUAGCCUCCUAGCCCUUUUCAAUCGCCAGAGACUUGCGCUCUUCCCGCCAUCCCCACCCCGCAACCCAAUCCCACUUUCUUUCACCACUCCCACCACCAAUGCCUCCACUGCUGCUGCCACUGCUGCUGCUGGCGGUGCUGCUGCUGCUGCCACGCCUGGUGGUGCCUCUCCAGCGCACGAGAUCGCAGGGUUGAGUCCCCUGGGAGCAGGUGGGGGGGCGCCAGACGCAGAGACGGACAGCCUUGUGGCGUCCAUGCUCAUUCCGGGCUCGCCGUGCGACUUCCUGUCAGAGCCCCACUCUCGAGGUGCGUUGAGGAGAAUCGAGAGCAGGGGCGAGCGCAUGGGAGGCAUGGCAGGAGGAGGAGUGGGCGGAGGGGCAGCAGCUGGCAUGGACGGCUUGGAUGGGUCGUUCAGACACAAGGAGAGGACCGCCAGACUGGAAGACGUUUUUGGCGCUGGUGGUGCUGGUGCUGGUGGCAGUCCGGGUGAUGCUGCUGCUGCUGCUGCUGCUGCUGGCGGUGGUAACAGGUUUGGAGGAGGCGCCUCACCAGCAGCAGCAGCAGCAGGAGGGGCAGGAGGAACACUUAAAGGAGGGCCAUCCGCAGCCGGAGCAGGGGGAGGGGGUAGUGGCGGUCCGGUGCUGCUACCCCCUGGGAACGUCAAGCGGAAGCGGACGGAUCGUGAUCGGGACAAUGUGGAUUUCACCAAGGGGGGCUCCCCUGCCCGGCGUACCGGGGAUGGCGGGCUCACAGGCCCCACCCCCACUGGUGCGAGAUCGAGUCUUGCAGGAGGGGGAGGGGGCGGGGGCGAGGGAGGAGGGGGAGGGGAGAGGAAGAAGGGGCGGUGGCGGCAGCACCGGGCCGGGGGAGUGCAGAGAGGUUCGGGAGGCCAGGUUGGGACCCCUCCCAUUGCUACCCCUCCAGGUCCGGAUUCCGGGGCUAUCGACCAAUCUGGUGGCGGCGCUGGUGGUGGUGGGGCCGCUGCUGCUGCUGGUGGGUGGGAUGGGGCAGGGGAGUUUGACACCAAGCUUCCAGGGUCUUCCCAGGGGGAUUUUUUCUCGCCUGGGUCGAGCCACACCCACAGCAUUCCCUUGGGAAAACGUUCGCGAGCAUCAGGCGUGGGUCCUGGCAAGUCGGGCAAAAGAAAAGCCUCGGCAGACGAUUUCCCGGACCUGGAUCCGAACCGGAACGCCAUGCCUACGACGCCGCAGCCAGAACUGGAGCAGGUGGUGGAGCUGGAGAGCCUGGCGGCAGGUUCGGUGUUUGGUUCGGCGAUGCCGGAGCUGGGAGUGCAGGGGGAUGACUUUGGGUGGCUAGCGGGAUUACCAAGUGAUGAGCUGUUGUUGGGGGGAGAGCUGGGGGGUCUUGAUGAUGGGCUGGCAGUGCCAACAGACAAUUUGGCGGAUCUUGGGUUCUGAUUCCCAGCCUUGCGGCUUGGAAUAUGGCGUCUACAUGCUCAAGAGGUCUAUGAAAUGGUUAGUGAAGAGUAGGUGAUGGGUUUUUUUAUUCCCCUUCCACAAAGUUCUAAUUAGCUGUGGUGGUUGGACAAACUCUUGACAGUUGUAGCAGGUGGCAUUUGGUUGUUGACAGGCAAUUUGAGGGAUGAGUUGCUGUUAGGCAAGGGAGUUCUCUUGAACUAAUUGAUGUAGUAAUUUGCAAAGAACUCGUUUG